AUGAAAACCGCGAAAGACGAAAUGCUCGAAGCGGCUUUGUACAAGUGGUUUGUACAGAAGCGUACCCUUGGGUUUCCUUUUUCUGGCUUCAUCAUUUGCCAGAAAGCUCUGGAGCUCAAUCAGAAGCUUGGAGGGGACCCUGAGUUCAAAGCAAGUCAAGGUUGGUUGGGAAAGUUCAAGAACCGCCAUGGGAUCCGAGAAUUGGAAGUCCAAGGUGAGAGGAUGUCCUCCGACGUGGAAGCUGCUGAACGAUUCGUGUCCGAAGUCAAUGGUCUCCUGCACGACGGAGCUUUCGAUCUCGAUUUCAUCUACAACCCGGAUGAAACAGGACUCUUUUAUAAGGCCUUGCCCAGCAGAUCAUUGGCAGCUCGGAAUGAAAGGACGGCUCCAGGGCACAAAAGUAGCAAAGAACGAGUCACCGCGAUGGUGUGCGCUAAUGCCACAGGUCGUCACAAGAUCUCGAUGUUGAUCAUUGGUAAAUCACGGAACCCUCGGUGCUUCAAGAACAUUCGCAUUCCGGUGGAAUACAGAGCGCAGAAGAGGGCAUGGAUGGAUCGCGAGAUCUUUCUCGACUGGUACCAGAACGUCUUCAUUCGCGAAGUCGAAGAGAAUCAGAGGAUUCUCGGCAAGGAAGGCAAGGUGUUACUGCUGUUGGACAAUGCCCCAUCCCAUCCGCCGAUCGAUAUGUUGCCGACACAGAAUGGAAAAUUCGUCGUAAUUUUUUUGCCUCCGAAUGUAACCGCGCUUCUUCAGCCCAUGGACCAAGGCGCGAUUGAAUGCCUGAAGCGAAUGUACCGAAAGCAAAUCAUGAUUCGACUGUUUGCCCUCGAUGAUGGGAACAACGCCUUAAUGCGAGAUUUCAACAAGAUCAUCAAUCUAAAGGAUUGUUGCUACAUGCUGGCCGAGGCAUGGGCAUCUGUUAAGACCACUACUCUGCAAAAUGUUUGGAACAAAGUCUUGCCCUGGAGGCAGGUCGAUUGCGCUCCGGAUGCUAUCGAAGAUUUCGUCGAGCCUGUGAUCCUUGGGGAGCAACUCCGUAAGGUCCCUGGAUUCAUGGAUUGCGAUCCGGAGAACAUAUGGAGUGGUUGGCUUGCGACUCCACUGAUACUGGGCAUCACUAUCUCACCGAUGACGAAAUCGUCGAGGAGGUUCGAGCAGUCUACGCAGACGACGGGGAGUCAGGAGCCGAUACGCAGGAAGACUCACAAGAGGAAGAAGAGGACGAUUCUCCUCCGCCGGAUGUCCCGACCGCUGCGCAAGCAGCGGACGCUUUGCAGACCGCCCUUGCAGUGGCUCGAAUCGCAACAAAACUGCGAUUUAUCCGAUUUGAUUCGACUUGCCCGAUUGCGAACCGCUGCUUUUGCAAUGGGCACGAACUAG